CCUUAGAAGUUAAAACCCUCGAGCCCUUAGCCUUCAAACCGUCGUAAGCCGUUGGCGUUCUUCCUCUCCUCUUUCUAUCCAUCGCCAUGGAGCCCUGUUGAGAGUCUGCCAACAAAGGGACCAACGAAAGGAUGCUUCGUUUUGCUCAUUACAAUUCUCAAACCCAUCUCCGCAAGCUUGUCUUCUCGUCCUCAAACAUUGGUCUUCUUCAUAUGGGUUCCAAAUUAUUUCUCAAACCUGCAACGCCAUCUGCUCCUCUUUCUUCAAGAAGACAUCUGUACAACUCAUGUAAAUGUCUGGUACCAACUUUUUGUUCUAAACCUAUCUCUAAAAUCCGCCCUUAUUUCCUUAAAACUAAUGGCUUCACCUCAAAUGCCACUGUUCCAGCUCCAGUUCAUGGUGGGGAUUCGGAAGUGAAGAACUUUAGAAAAUUGGAGAUUCUAAGGCGCAAAUUGGAAGAGUUGGGUAUUGAAAUGGACACAUUUACUCCUGGCCAACAUAAUCACUUACAAUGUCCAAUGUGCAAUGGUGGUGAUUCGGAGGAUAAAAGUUUCUCUCUGUUUAUCAGCCCAGAUGGGAGUGGUGCAUCCUGGACUUGCUUUCGAGCUAAAUGCGGAUGGAGUGGUGGAACCAGGCCCUUUGCAGGAAGAAACUCUACAUAUGAGAGCUCAAUUCAAGAUAACAAGGUUAAGCAGAAAAAGGAAAUCACUGUGGAGAGUCUGAAAUUGGAACCACUAUGUAGCGAGCUCAUUGGUUACUUUGCAGAGCGGUUAAUAUCAGCAGAGACGUUACAGAGAAAUCGUGUUAUGCAAAAAAGCUAUGGUUCUCAGAUUAUGAUCGCAUUUACAUAUUGGCGAAAUGGAGUUCUUACCAGCUGCAAAUAUCGAGAUAGCAACAAGAAAUUUUUGCAGGAAAGGGAUACAGAAAAAAUAUUUUAUGGGCUGGAUGAUAUCAAGGAAGCUGAUGAUGUCAUUAUUGUUGAAGGUGAAAUAGACAAGCUUGCAAUGGAAGAAGCUGGGUUCCGUACUUGUGUGAGUGUACCUGAUGGCGCGCCUCCAAAAGUUUCUUCAAAAGAGUUGCCUUCUGAAGAGAAGGACACAAAAUAUCAAUAUCUGUGGAAUUGCAAAGAGUACUUGAAUAAGGCAUCUCGUAUAAUACUUGCUACUGAUGGAGAUCCACCUGGUCAAGCUUUAGCUGAGGAGAUUGCACGUCGCAUUGGAAGGGAAAGAUGCUGGAGAGUCAAGUGGCCAAAGAAAAAUAAAGAGGAGUAUUGCAAAGAUGCAAAUGAGGUUCUCAUGUUUUUGGGUCCCAAUGCACUUCGGGAAGCAAUUGAAAAUGCAGAGUUAUACCCUAUCCGUGGGUUGUUCAACUUCAGGGAUUACUUUAAUGAAAUUGAUGACUAUUAUAAUCGGACUCUUGGUUACGAAUGUGGUGUCUCAACUGGGUGGAGGGCUCUAAAUGAAUUAUAUAAAGUUAUGCCAGGAGAAUUGACUAUAAUAACUGGGGUUCCCAAUUCUGGUAAAAGUGAGUGGAUUGAUGCUCUCUUAUGCAAUCUUAACAGCAGUGUUGGCUGGAAAUUUGCACUUUGCUCUAUGGAGAACAGAGUCCGGGAACAUGCUAGGAAACUUUUGGAGAAACAUAUAAAGAAGCCCUUUUUUGAUGCGCGUUAUGGAGGGUCUGUUGAACGAAUGAGUGUUGAAGAGUUGGAGGAAGGAAAACGGUGGUUGAAUGAUACAUUUUACCUCAUAAGAUGUGAGGAUGAUAAACUUCCAAGUGUAAAUUGGGUUCUUGAUCUUGCAAAAGCAGCAGUUCUAAGGCAUGGUGUGCGAGGACUUGUAAUUGAUCCUUACAAUGAGCUUGACCAUCAGCGUCCUAUUAGCAUGACUGAAACAGAGUAUGUAAGUCAGAUGCUUACACUGGUCAAACGGUUUGCUCAACAUCAUGCUUGUCAUGUUUGGUUUGUAGCACAUCCCAGACAGUUACACAACUGGGUUGGGGCUCCUCCCAAUCUGUAUGAUAUAAGUGGCAGUGCCCACUUCAUAAACAAAUGUGACAAUGGGAUUGUUAUUCACCGUAACAGGGAUCCUGAGGCUGGACCUGUUGAUCAAGUACAGGUUUGUGUUCGGAAGGUGCGAAAUAAGGUCGUUGGAACCAUAGGUGAUGCUGCCUUGUCCUAUAAUAGUGCAAGGUAUGGCUAUAUCAAUGGUGUAAUUUACCCGACUGAUGUUCAUAUCAUUGGUUUCUUUCUUCUGCCAGAAUAUCUGCACUAACAAAAGGUUAUUUUUGUUGUUGUGGUUGUGGUGGUGGUGGUAUGGUUUUGGUUUGCUUAAACGCCUUCCAUGAAAC